AUGUCGUGGAAAUUAGAUAAACAAUUUUCAGAUAAGAUAUGUAAUUUUAGUCAUGAUUUUUUUAAUAAAAAGUUAAUAAAAAAAGGAAAACCAAUUUCAGGAGAGUGGACAGUUUUGGCAACUUUGGUAUUGGUUGUUGAAAAUACAUCAUCAUAUGAAAUAAAACAAGUAUUAUCAUUAGGUACUGGUAAUAGGUGUUUAGGAAAAUCAUCAUUAUCAAACCAAGGUGAUGUUUUAAAUGAUUCACAUGCUGAAAUAAUUUGUAAACGUUCAUUUCAAAAGUUUUGUUAUAAUGAAAUUUUAAAUUUACUUCAAUCAAAAUAUUAUAAUAGUAUUUUAUUUAAUAUCGAAUACCACGAUAGUAAUAAUAAUAAUAAAGAUAAUGAUAAUAAUGGUUCACUACCAACUAUUUCUAUUAAAAAAGGUCAUUCUUUACAUUUUUAUGUAAAUCAAACACCAUGUGGUGAUUGUUCAAUAUUCCCUUUUAAAAAAGAAACACAACCAGAAAAUUUUAUAGAAAAAGAAAAACUGGAAAAGGAUGGAAAAGAUAAAAUUGAAAAUCAUGAAAAAAAAGAACAAAAAGAUAUUAUUAAACAGGUAGAUAAAGAUAAAGAUGAAGAAAAUUAUGAAGAUGAAGAAAGUAAAAGAAAAUUAAAAAAAGUUAAAGAUGAUAAUAAUAAUAAUAAUAAUAAUAAUAAUAAUAAUAAUAAUAAUAAUAAUAAUAAUAAUAAUAAUAAUAAUAAUAAUAAUAAUAAUAAUAAUAAUAAUAAUAAUAAUAAUAAUAUUAAUAAUAAUAAUAAUCAAUAUGAUGAUAUUCAAAGAACUGGAGCUAAAACAGUAUUUGGUGAACCAGAGGAUAAAAAAUUAAUUGGUGUUGACUAUCAUCAAAUUGGAGUAUUACGUGUUAAACCUGGUAGAGGUGACCCAACUGUAUCAAUGUCAUGUAGUGAUAAAAUUGCAAGAUGGAAUGUUUUAGGUAUUCAAGGUUCAUUAUUAUCACAUUUCAUUAAAGAACAAAUCUUUUUAUCAAGUAUAACAAUUGGUGAUUUAUUUAAUCAUUCAAGUAUUUAUAGAGGUCUAAUUGGGAGAUUAUUACCAAAUCCAACAACUACAACUACAGAAACAUCAUCAUCAUCAUCAUCAUCAUCAUCAUCAUCAAAUACAAUACCAAAUUUUAAACUAAAUUCAGACCUUGAAAUUUUUUCGACAAAUAUUCAAUUUCAAUUUUCAAAGUUAUUAUUAGAAUCUGAUCAACAAAAUAAUAAUAAAUCCACAUCAUCAGGAUUGGCAAUAAGUUUUUGUUAUCCAAAUCAACAUGAAGUAACUAUUGCCAUUAAUGGUAAAAAGAUGGGAACAAAUCAAAAAAAUUUUAAUGCAAUUUCACAAAGAUCUUCAAUUUGUAAAUUUAAUUUAUUUAAAUUAUUUCAUCAAUUAGUAUUAAUUAUUAAAAAUAAAAAUAGUAAUGAAGAAAAUGAAAAAAAUAAUCAAAUAGUUUUAAUUGAUUCAUUAUUUAAUUAUUAUGAAUGUAAACAUUUGUCCAAGAAAUAUUAUCAAGAAUAUGAAAAAUUAAAAGAAUUUAAAUUUAAAAACUGGUUAACAAAUUCAUCUGACCUUGAAAAUUUUGUAUUAGAUAAUUAA